AUUCACUAGCAAUAAAAACACUCUUUUUUAUAGCCCGAGGAGGAGGAGGAGUGGUGGUGGAUUGGGUUGGGAGAUGGCGGGGAAGGUGAAGGAGGGGAGUAGGCCGCCGUGGGUGGGGCUGGCGGCGGCGGUGUGGGUGCAGGUGGCCGCCGGAAGUGGCUACUGCUUCCCACUUUAUUCGCCAUCAUUGAAGUCCGUGCUGGGCUACAGCCAGCAGCAGCUCACCAUGCUUGGGGUCGCCAAUGAUAUUGGCGAGAACUUUGGGAUGCUGCCUGGUGUGCUUUGCAACCGCUUCCCUCCUUGGCUUGUGCUCUUGAUCGGUGGUUGCUCUUGUUUCAUUGGUUAUGGUGUGCUUUGGCUCGCUGUUAGUGAGACUGUCACCGUGUUGCCUUAUUGGGCGCUCUGGUUUGCAUUAUGCAUUGCUACUAAUAGCAAUGCAUGGCUAGGCACUGGUGUGCUUGUUACCAACAUGAGAAACUUCCCACUUAGCAGGGGUACUGUUGCCGGCAUCCUUAAGGGCUAUGUUGGGCUCAGUGCUGCAGUAUACACCGAAAUUUAUACUGGGGUGCUUCGCAAUUCACCUCCAAAACUGUUGCUCUUUCUCACUCUUGGCAUUCCAACCAUAUGUAUUGCAAUGAUGUACUUUGUCAGGCCUUGUACUCCAUCAUUAGAAGAUGAUUCAUUAGAGCACGGGCAUUUUCUAUUUACCCAGAUUGCGAGCGUAGUACUUGGUCUUUAUCUUCUCACUGCUACAGUACUGGAUGAUGUUCUUUCAUUAAACACUACCAUAACAUAUACUCUGUUUGGCAUUGUGAUCUUAUUACUCAUGGCUCCCCUUGCAAUUCCUUUGAAGAUGACACUCUUCCCCCGUCGCAAAAAAGUCAGUUUGAUUGGCCCAUCUGAUUCCUCUGAUAAAUUAUAUGCGGGUGACUCAGAUGAUGCAGAACCACUGCUUGCUUCAACUUCAUCCACAACAAACAUUGGGGACCUUCAAGAGGUUGAUGAAGCCUCUGAUAUUGAUAUCCUUUUGGCUGAGGGUGAGGGAGCAAUUAAAAAGAAGAGAAGACCGAAACGAGGAGAGGAUUUCACAUUCCGUGAGGCUUUAAUCAAGGCUGAUUACUGGCUUAUAUUUCUGGUAUACUUUCUCGGUGUAGGCUCGGGUGUCACUGUUCUCAACAACUUGGCGCAGGUUGGGACUGCAUCGGGUGUUAAUGAUACAACCAUCUUGUUGUGUCUCUUCAGUUUCUGCAAUUUUCUUGGUCGUCUCAGCGGGGGCGUUGUUUCUGAGUUCUUUGUCAGGUGGAAAAUGAUUCCUCGGCCGAUUUUGAUGACAUUCACACAAAUCAUCAUGGUCAUUACUUAUGUUCUCUUCGCCUCAGCUCUCAAUGGCACACUCUACGCAUCCACUGCAUUGCUCGGCAUAUGUUAUGGCGUACAAUUCUCCGUCAUGGUGCCAACCGUAUCAGAGCUCUUCGGACUGAAGCAUUUUGGAUUGCUUUACAAUUUUAUGCUGCUAGGAAAUCCCCUUGGAGCACUCUUGUUCUCUGGUGGUCUUGCAGGGUAUAUAUAUGACCAAGAAGCUGAGAGGCAGCGACAAGCUGGCCUCUCUGAUGGUUCAACCUGCAUUGGACCCGAUUGCUUUAGGAUCACAUUUCUGGUUCUUGCCGGAGUCUGUGGCUUGGGAUCUCUACUGAGUAUAAUCUUGACUGUCAGAAUCAGGCCAGUGUAUCAAAUGCUGUAUGCCAGUGGGUCAUUUAGGCUGCCCCGAAGCUCACAUUGAUGAUGAAGAAUCACAAUCAGCCAUCAGUUUUGCUGCAAACUUAUUAUUUCGAUACCAAAACUAAGGCAUCUGUUAUCGAUGUUGUAUAAGGUGUUGUAUGCCUUAUUUUACUGUCGUCGAGUUCUGAAUUUCAUCAGUUUAGUUCAUGGAUGGCAUCUGUUGUGAAAUUAUAUUUACCUACUUGUUAAUGUUUCGGUGUGCUCUUUUACCAGUGUAUCAAUUAUCAUCAUUGACUGCAAACUCUCUGUUUACAGUCUUUAUGAGAAUUUAGAAAUUGAAUGCUACUUGACAUUUCAGAA